CAGGAUCGACCGCCCCCCUCCUCCUUGCCGUGCUCGCCCUCGCGCUCGAGGCCUAGGCAUGAGAUGGGAGGAGGAAGGGUUUGACGCGAAGCUACAGGGGUUCCAGUGCGGCGCGCUGUGAGGGCCCGUGUCCAUCCCGCCAGGAAGCCCCCCUCUCCGGCGUGCGUGAGGAUUCUGGUUACCGAGCGCUGAUGUGAUGGACACCCUUCAGAGCGAUCCUUAUCCAAGGAGCAGCUUGCAACAGCAACUCACUGACACCUCCACAUCCUUCGAGAAUAACACCGUGGAUUUGGUUAAGCAUGAUGUUCCCAAACCUCGGGUUGGCAUGACUUUUGAGACGGUUGAUUUGGCAUACCAGUCUUACUUGGAGUACGGAUACCGCGCAGGAUUUGGAGUCUCAAAAAGAACUUCACAUAGUGUUGAUGGGGUAAAAUACCGAGCCACAUUUGUUUGUUACAAAGGUGGCAUUGCUAGGAUAAAGCCUGGCCUAAAAGCUCGAAGAAGGCUUGUUGCGAAGACUGGCUGCAAAGCUAUGAUGGUAGUGAAGUACAAUGCGAGUGAUAACCGUUGGGAAGUAGUGUUUGUUGAGCUGGAGCAUAACCACCCAUGUAAUCCUGAAAUGGUCAGGUUCAUGAUGUGUUUUAAGGAUCUCCCUGACUGGCAGAGGGAGCACCGCCCAUUCAACGCGAAGACUAGGUUGAAUCCAAAGAUUCAUUCUGGUAGAGGUAGGCCACCCAACCAAAACAAAGAAUUCAUGGCGAGGUCCUUCUCUCAGUCAAAUUAUUCUAUUGAAGCAGCUGGCAAGUGUGGGAAGCUGAGGUUUGCAGAGGGUGAUGUUGAAGCACUAUUAGUAUUUUUUGAUAAGAUGCAAGCUCAAAAUUCCAACUUCUUCUACAACUGGGACAUGGAUGAUGAAGGCCGUCUCAAGAAUGUUUGCUGGGUCGAUGCACAAUCUAGAGCUGCAUAUCAGCAUUUCAGUGAUGUUGUCUGCUUUGAUACCGUUUAUUUGACAUACCAGUUUGUCAUUCCAUUGGUUGCUUUUCUUGGAAUCAACCAUCAUGGUCAGUUUGUAUUGUUAGGAUGCGGUUUACUGGGAGAUGAGUCUCCAGAGACCUUUUCAUGGUUAUUCAAGAAAUGGCUAAAAUGUAUGAAUGAUAAAGCACCUGAAGCAAUUAUUACCACCCAUUCAAGACCAGUAGUCAAAGCAGCCUCUGAGGUAUUUCUGAAUACUCGUCACAGAUACAACCUCUGGCAUAUAAUGAAAGAGCUUCCUGAAAUGUCUGGAAGAGUUGAGGAUAAAGAGGCAAUUAGCCUGAGAAUGAAAAAGGUAGUCUAUGACACCAUUACAUCAGCUGAUUUUGAGAGGGAGUGGGUUGAGAUGGUCAAUCAGUACAACCUUCAUGAUAAUUGCUGGCUCACAACCUUGUUUGAAGAGAGGGCAAAGUGGGUGCCAGCAUAUGUGAAGGAUACUUUCUGGGCUGGUAUCUCUACUGUUCGCCGCAGUGAACGGUUGGAGGCCUUUUUCGAUGGAUAUAUUACACCAGAGACCACAAUAAAGACAUUUAUUGAACAAUUUGAUACUGCUAUGAAGCUUAGGUCUGAUCGAGAAGCCUACGACGACUUCCGUUCCUUUCAGCAAAGGCCACAAGCCCUCUCUGGUUUGUUGUUUGAGGAGCAAUUUGCAAAUGCUUAUACGAUCAAUAUGUUUCAGAAGUUUCAGGAUCAGUUAAAGCAGCUGAUGAAUGUGAAUUGCAUUGAAGUCAGUAAGAAUGGAUCAAUAGUCACCUACACUGUGACUGUCAUCGGGAAGGAGAGAAAGUUUGACUAUAGAGUGAUGUAUAACAAUGCUGAGAAAGAAGUGUGGUGUAUCUGCAGGUCAUUCCAGUUUAAAGGUAUUUUGUGUAGCCAUGCUCUUGCGGUCUUGAAGCAAGAGCUUGUGAUGCUAAUACCUUCCAAAUACAUUCUUGAUCGGUGGAGGAAGGACUUCAAAUGCCCUGAGGAACCCAAGGAAACUCCCAUCUCACCAAAAGCGGCAAACGCUACAGGGAAUAGUGCACCAGAAAAUGUUCGUGAAGAUAAAGUGGACAAUCUCUACAAUGAUGGCCACCAGUACUUUGCUGAGAUUGUGGAAAUGGGAGCAACUGAUCCUGAUGCAAUGGAAUAUGUUCUGUCUGUGAUGAAAGAAGCUAAAGAGAAGGUACGCAAGUUUGAGGAAUCUCGAAAAGAGAAAAGGCCCGGAGAAAGCCCAGCUUCUGCUGGUAAGAAAGGUGAUAAGUCUCUAAAGCCAUCUGCUGAAGGUGCGGGAAUUAGCACACCAGUCUCAACACCUGCGAAUACAGCAAUGGCUCCAGCGGCAGUGCCAUCAUCUACACCGAUGUCAGUGCCACCGGCAAUGAUGGCUAUGGCAACCACGUCGGCAGCGGUGCCUCCAGGAAUGUUUUUUGUGCCGAUGCACCCACAUAUGGUUUUUCCACACUUCACUCCUGCUGUACCAGCAGCAGUACCACCUGUAGUGCCACCCCCAGCACCAACACCCAAUGUGGUGGGCAGCUCCUCGAAGAAGAGAAAGAAGAGAAAGGGCAACACUUGAUCUUCUGACACCGAUAAAUGCAGGUUGAUCUUCGCUUUUGGACCGCCUGCUGUACAUAGCCACCCUUGAUCCGGAAUCGUUGAUGUUAGCUAGCGCAGCUUUGGACUGCGUACUGUAAUAUCACCCUUGAGUCGGAUGUAAUCUUACAUGUAGUGCUGCUUCUGAA